AUGAACGGCGAGAUGAACGGCGUGAUGCCCAACGGCCGAAGCAGUGUCGUCGAAGAUGACACGGGCUUCAUUCCGUUUCAGCCGGCGGUGCCGAUGGAGGAUGUCGAGGAGCACGCCCACUUCCUCGUGCUGGCCUGGGCGUUGUUGUUGUACCGCAGUUCGACAGAAAGCGCCUUCACUUCGGGAUUCUACGAUAUUGUCAGCGAGGAGCGCACAGCAACGACGUCAACAUCAGGCUUCACAGCAGACAUUGUCUCGCGGACCAUCGAGCCGGUGUCGAAAGCGCUGGGCCGUGUUCGCGACCAAAGCGUCAUCAAGCCGAGGGAGGGGUGCGAUGGCCCAACAACCAUGUUCUUCACCAACGCCGGUUCCCAGGGACAAGACUCAGACUUGAGCAUCCACAUGGAGGCGCGCGUGUCGGAGGGGCAGCUGUGGGUGCGGCACAGCCAACGGCCGCCGAUCGCACGGCGCAUGGCCAUGCUACAGGUCGACGCGUACAUGGAUAUCCUCAACUCGGUGCUCGUCGACCAGGAGCAGAUGUGCGCGCAGGCGAUGCGGCUACGCGAAAGCGAGCUGGCGCAGCUGUGGCAGUGGAACACGCCACUGGCGCCGCGCAUCGACACCUGCAUGCACGACCUCUUCGUCGAACAGGCGCGGAAACAGCCCGACAACCCAGCCGUGGUGUCGUGGGACGGUCAACUAACGUACGGUGAGCUGGACGCGCUCUCGACGCGACUCGCCGGCCGGCUGGCGGCGCUUGGGGCCGGCGUCGGCACAAUCAUCCCACUUUGCUUCGAAAAGUCCGUGUGGAUGUCGGUCGCGCUGAUUGGCGUGAUGAAAUCAGGAAGCGCGUUCAGUCUUACUGAUCCCAGCCAGCCUGAGGCGCGGUUACGAGUGAUCGCAGAAGAGGUGGGAGCGCGCGUGGUCAUUACUUCGGAGAGCAAGGCCGAUUUGGGCGCGCGGGUCGCACCAGAGGGCGCAACAGUGUUGACGGUGGGGCCCCGGAUGCUGAAGGAGAAAGAGGAGGAGUCCAGCUGGGAGCCUGUGGCGGUGCCGUCGUCGGCAACGCUGUACGUCAUCUUCACGUCGGGCUCGACGGGUAAACCGAAGGGAAUCGAAAUCUCGCACGCCAACUACUCGUCCGGCGCGGUGCCGCGAGGCGACAUCGUCGGAUACAGGCCACACUCGCGCGUGCUGGACUUCGCAUCGUACGCCUUCGACGUCAGCAUCGACUGCAUGCUGUGCACGCUGUCGACGGGAGGUGUCAUCUGCGUGCCGUCGGAAGAGCAGAGGAUGAACGAUCUCGGAGGCGCCAUUGAGACCAUGGACGCCAACAUGGCGCACAUGACGCCGUCGGUAGCGCGAGUGCUCGACCCGGAGGUGAUGGACCGGCUGGAGGUGCUCGGACUGGGCGGCGAGGCCGUGUCGGCACGCGAUGCGGCAUCGUGGAGCCAGCGCACGCGGCCCGUCAUCUGCUACGGCCCGUCCGAGUGCACCGUGGCUUGCACCGUCAACGGCGACGUGGCGCCCGGCAGGACUAGCAUCGGCAAAGGCUGUGGCGGCGCCACCUGGAUCUGUGACCCCGAGGACCACGGCCGGCUCGUGCCGGUGGGUGCCGUGGGCGAGCUGCUCGUCGAGGGCCCGCUCGUCGGCAAGGGCUACCUGAACCAGCCCGACAAGACGGCCGAGGUGUUCAUCGAGGACCCGCCGUGGUUGGUGGCAGGCGGCCGGCGCGGACGGCUGUACAAGACGGGCGACUUGGUGCGCUACGACGGCGACGGCUCGGGCAACAUCGUCUUCGUGGGACGCAAGGACGCGCAGGUGAAGCUCCGGGGCCAGCGUGUUGAGUUGGGCGAGGUCGAGUUCCAUGUGUGCAAGCACAUGCCGGCAGGUACCAACGUGGCGGCUGAGGUGGUGAGGCCGUCAGGCGGCGAGCCCAGUCUGGUUUGCUUCGUCGCGACCAACAGCAGCAACCCAGACUCGUUUCCGCCGGCGCUGGCGAAGGCCAUUUCCGGGCUGGACGAGGCGCUGGCGCGCGACCUCCCCAUCUACAUGCUGCCGUCAGCAUACAUCCCGAUAGAGCGGCUGCCGACGCUGGUGUCGUUGAAGGUGGACCGCAAGCGGCUGCGCGAGCUGGGAGCGGCAUUGACGCGGCCGCAGCUGGCCAAAUUGCGGGCGGCGGCGACGGAGCAGCGCGAACCGACGACGCCCACCGAGUGCUGUCUACACCGGCUGUGGACGGACCUGUUCGGCGAGGAUGCGCAGGUGGGCGUGAUGAGCAACUUCUUCGCGCUGGGAGGCGAUUCGCUGGCGGCCAUGAGGCUGGUGGCGGCGGCGCGCAAAGAGGGCCUGGCGCUGGGCGUGGCUGAUGUUUUCGCGCGCCCGCGGCUGCAGGACAUGGCCCGCGUCGUCGGCUGCCUCAGGCCUGACGCCCAGGUGCCGCCCUUCUCGCUGCUUCCCAAGGGCUGCGAUGCCGAAGACGCCCGCGCCCACGCCGCCGACCGCUGCAGCAUUCUGCGCACCCGCAUCGAAGAUGUCUAUCCCUGUACCCCGCUGCAGGAGGGCCUCAUGGCGCUGUCGGCCAAGGUGCAGUCGGCCUACGUCGCCCAGCGCGUGGUGCAGCUGCCCGACCUGCCCACGGCCUAUCGCCUGCGCGACGCCUUCAACGAAGCUGCUCAAGAAUGCCACAUUCUCCGCACCCGCAUCAUCCAGCUUCCAGGCCACGGCCUGAUGCAGGUCGUCGUUCGCGGUGACUUGCCGUGGACCAGCACCAGCGGCAGCGUUGAGAGCUACCUCGACCAGGACCGCGCCGAUGAGAUGGGCCUGGGAACGCCCCUCGUCCGGCUCGCAAUGGUUGCCGACUACACGUCUGGCAGCGUCGACGUGGUGCUGACCAUCCACCACGCUCUCUAUGACGGCUGGUCCAUGCCGCUGGUCAUCGACCGCGUCAACAGAGCCUACCGCCGCCUCGAAACCAACCGCGCUGCGCCCUUCCGCCAGUUUAUCCACCACCUGGAUGCUAUGGACCGUGAGACCUCACGCAAGUACUGGGAGCAGCAACUUACCGGUGCCGGCGGCCCGCAGUUCCCGGCUCUGCCAUUCCAAGGAUACCAGACUUCAGCCGACGCCCUGCUGGAGCGCUACAUCACCCUUCCCCAGAAGCGUGCGACCAACACGACCCUUGCCACGGCCAUCCGCGGCGCCUGGGCUCUGGUGGCCGCCCAGUACACGACCGACGACGUCGUCUUCGGCGAGACGCUGACGGGCCGCAACGCCAACAUCACGGGCGUCGAGGAGAUCGAGGGCCCCAUGAUCACCACCGUCCCGCUGCGCGUGCACGUCGACGGCAGGGCCCCGGCAUCGGUCUACCUUCAGACCAUCCACCGCGACACGGUCGAGCGUAUCCCGCACGAGCACUUUGGCCUGCAGCACAUCCGCCGCCUCCACCGCGACGCCCGCGAAGCCUGCGAGCUGCGGACCGGCCUGAUCAUGCACCCGACGGCCGAGCCCGAGCCCGCUGACCAGCCGCCCCGCGAGGAUGAGCCGGCCCUGGGCUUCAUGCCCGCCAACGACGUCGAGGCUGCUCGCGAGGCCCUCAAGUUCAACUCGUACGCCCUCAUGCUGGUGUGCUCGCUGGACCCCAACGGCUUCCUGGUCAUGGCCAGUUUCGACCAGAAGACGCUCAGCGUGGCCCGCGCCGAGAAGGCCCUGGAGCAGCUCGAGCAGGCCGUCCAGAGGCUGUGCGAGGACGGCGACGUGCUUGUUGGAGACAUCGACUGCGUCGCUGCGCCAGGUACUUACUGCACCGAGCAGCCCAAGAGCACGCCCGCACCGAAGUUUGAGCAGCAGCCGCGCCGUGACUCGGGCGCCGUGCCUGCCCAGCCUACCACUGAGAAGCAGCUGAAGCUCCGCAGUCUCUGGAGCCGCGCCCUCGGCAUCCCGGAGACCGAAAUCGACACCGAAGCCAACUUCUUCGAUCUCGGCGGCGACUCGAUUGCCGCCAUGAAGCUGGUGUCGGAAGCCCGCCUGGAAGGCCUUCGCGUGACUGUGGCCGACAUCUUCAAGACCAGGCAGUUCCUCGAUCUGGCCGACGUCGUCCAGGAACUUCCUGAUGAGGGCCGCUCUCUUUCAAUCUCCCCCAAACCGUAUACCCCCUUCUCCCUGCUGGACGCGCCCCUCAACGCAAUCAAGCCGCAGAUAGAGAACCCCGAAUGGAACAUCGUCGACGUCCUGCCUGCGCGCCCGCUCCAGGAGAUUGCAGUGAAGGGCACGACGACGUUGCCGCGGUACUCGGCCCGCUACGAGCUCAUGUACCUGGACGACGCCGUCGACAAGCACCACCUCUUCGCCAGCUGCCAGGAGCUAGUCGCCCGCAACGAGAUCCUGCGCACCGUCUUCGUCGAGCACGACAGCCGCUGCUACGGCGCGGUACUGGAGCAGCUGCAGGCCCCCGUCGUCGAGUACCGCACCGACGCCAACCUCCCGGCCUUCGCCCAGUCGCUCUGCCACCUCGACGUGCAGACCCUCAUGCCGCUCGGCUCCUCGUUCGUCAAGUUCUUCUUCAUCCAGAGCGCCACCACCUCCCAAAGCUGCCUCAUCCUCCGCAUCUCCCACGCCCAGUACGACGAGAUCUGCCUCCCCACCCUCCUCCGCCAACUCUCCGCCCUCUACGAGCACAAGCCCCUCGAGCCCACCCUCCCCUUCUCCCUCUUCACCGCCCACAUCCUCCGCACCAGCAUCCCCGCCAGCACCGCCUACUGGCGCGACCUGCUCCGCGGCUCCUCCAUGUCGAUCCUGCGCCCCGCCGCGCCCCUCACCUCGACCACCCCGGUCUUCCUCCAGCGCACCGUGGAUAUCUCGACCCGCGACAAAUCCACCACCCUCGCCACCCUCCCCUCGGCCGCCUGGGCCCUGACGCUCGCCCGCCGCCUGGGCACCCGCGACGUCACGUUCGGCGAGGUCGCGACGGGCCGCGCCGUCGACGGCUUCCCGCACGCCGACCGCGUCGUCGGGCCGUGCUGGCAGUACAUCCCGACGCGCGUCGUCUUCGAGCCCGGCUGGACGCCGAAGCACCUCCUCGACUUCGUGCAGGCGCAGCACAUUGCCAGCGCGGGGCACGCGUGCAUGGGCUUGACCGAGAUCGUGGCGGCGUGUACGGACUGGCCGCGCGAAAUGGAUUGGUUUGAUAGUGUGGUUCAUUUGGAUGUGGACCACGUCGAGGAGCUGCCCUUUACGGGCGUCAAGGCGCGGAUGGAGACGGUGUACCCCCACCUCGAGCCGCUGCGCGAGUGGAAGGUGCAGGCGUUCCCGUCGGCGGAUGGUGAGAGCGUGACGAUGGAGAUUGUGGCGAGGGAGGCGUGGGUGGAGGAGGCGCAUGAGUUGCUUGAUGGACUGGAGAGCGCGAUUGGUGUGUUGGUGGGGAAGGGGAGCGGGGUGUUGUUUGAUUAG